AUAGUGUAGUGGCAAUAAAUUGGGGAUGUUGUUUCCACGAUGAAAGUGGUGUAUUCAUUGAAGAAACCAACAAGCAUACUUUUGUUAUAUUUUUAUAUAUAAAUUGAUUAGCGAUGUGAUUGUACAGAUUAAGAAAUAAAUCUCCAACUAGAGUUUAGCCGGAAAUGGAUUUGUUUCAACAAGUGACCUCCGUUGACUGGCAACACGAAUCUUACCCCGCCUUUCCUGAUUUCUUUCUUCUUCCUUUCUUCGCCAUCUUCUUCCCUUCCCUUCGUUUCCUUCUCGACAGGUUCAUUUUCCAGAAAUUGGCCAGACGAUUCAUUUUUGGAAAGGGACAUGAGGCACUUGAUUUUCAUACCGAUGACGGUCGAAAGAAGAUUGGAAAAUUUAAGGAAUCAGCGUGGAAAUGCGUUUAUUUUCUAUCUGCAGAAAUUUUUGCGCUGGCAGUAACAUAUAACGAGCCUUGGUUUACUGAUACAAGUUAUUUUUGGGUUGGGCCAGGGAAUCAGAGAUGGCCAGAUCAAAAGAUUAAAUUGAAAUUGAAGGGGCUAUAUAUGUAUGGUGCUGGAUUUUAUUCAUACUCCAUACUUGCUUUAAUUUUCUGGGAAACAAGACGCUCUGACUUUGGGAUUUCCAUGACACACCAUGUUGCUUCUCUCACUCUCAUUGUGUUAUCCUACACUUUUAGGUUUGUUCGAGUCGGAUCAGUUGUUUUAGCCCUUCAUGAUGCUACUGAUGUGUUUCUGGAGAUAGGGAAAAUGUCCAAAUACAGCGGUGCUGAAACAAUGGCUAGCUUUGCUUUUAUCCUUUUUGUUUUGUCUUUCACCAUACUACGUGUCAUUUACUUCCCAUUCUGGGUUCUUCGAAGUACAAGCUCUGAAAUGGUUCCCACCUUGAAGUUGGGAAAGCAUUGGGUGGAUGGUUCAAUACAUUAUUAUGUAUUCAACACUCUUCUAUACUGCUUGCUUAUUCUUAAUAUUUAUUGGUGGGUGUUGAUCCUUCGAAUGCUUGUUGGUCAAAUCCGAGCUAAAGGAAAAGUUAGUGAAGAUAUUCGAUCUGAUUCUGAAGACGAACAUGAACAUGAAGAAUGAGCAUGACAACAAGAUUGGAAAUUGUUCUCUUUGUUUGAAACUGUACACAUUUUUUUACACAUAUUGUCACAUUUUAUGCGAUGACAAUGUAAAAUUAUAUGAAAAGAACGUGGCUUAUUUCAUGAAUGUAGAUGCUUCCUUAGAGAUAA